AAUGAGUGAAUUUGACUUGGAAGAGCCUCUCACCUCGACAGCCCGCCCACUGACCGACUCCGUGCUAACCGUGCGGAUCAUCAAGUCGUUUCCGUACAGAAACGUUCGCAACCACGUGUUCCCGCACGUCGAUCUGAAAAACACCACCCCAAAACAGCUGUUCGAAACAAUCAUCAACACUAUCAAUACCACAGGCGCCCUCAGACCGUACAGAGGCGUUAAUUACGACACACUCAAGAUCUACACCCACGCACACGGCAGUAAGACGAUGAAUUUGGUGAUCAACAUGGAUCACGACGACGACUGGAUCUUGGACCUUGACGACAACACAAGAACGCUGGUGGACUACGGGAUUGCCAACGAGACGGAAUUGAGCAUCUUCAACCGGGAAGAAUACGAGAAGUUCAAGGCUAACCCAGAGGAGAAGUGGUAGAUGGUGCUGACAUAAUCAUGGGGUCAUGGCGAAAAUAAAUACGUAAAAUAAAAGGGUUCAUAAACAUUAUCUGAUGCCACAGUUUUUCUUUUAAAUUUUAAAUCCUCUUUCGUUCCAUAUACAAAAUGAGUGUGCUUCAGAAGGUGUGUAAGAGCCCCGACGCAAACGAUCUGGAGCAAGUGAUGAGCAACAGCAUUUCGUUGGGGCCUUCUUCGCAGCAGGAAAUUCAGGGGACUGACAAUUCAACCCCCGAAGAUCCCCCCAACAAAUCGAUAGUGACGCCAUUUCUCGCCAGCCAUUUGCAAGACCAGGACGACUGCGAAAAACGAUUUUGUUACAGACACAAUCCGAAAGUCCGGUUUGACCGUCGUUCUGACGAGACAAAGAUGCGGGAAAUCCAGUCGGAGCUUGAGAAGCUGCCUCGCCGCGACAAGGAAGCGAUUACCCACGUCUGGUCCAUUUUCAGCGCCGCCCCCACGCAACACCGCAGUCUCAUCCUCAAAGGGCUGCUCAGCCAGUGUUGUUUCCCGCAACUUUCGCUCAUUUCCCAAGAGGUUUCCAAGCUGAUCAAGAUCGACUUCAUCGAGACGCUGCCCAGCGAAAUAGCCCUUAAAAUCCUCUGUUAUCUGGACUGCCAAAGUCUCUGCAAUGCUGCCCAAGUCUCCACGAGAUGGAAGCAGCUUGCGGACGACGACAGAGUCUGGAGAUAUAUGUGCGAGCAGCACAUCGACCGUAAGUGUCCUCAGUGCGGCUGGGGGUUGCCUUUGAUGGUAGUGAAGAAGUUACAAGAAUGCAGCCGCAGACGCAGAAGCAACGACAUGGACAGUACAGAGGGUAUUGUGGAGCGGCUGCCGCCAAGGCUGGACGACUGCAAGCCAAACGUCAAGAGACAGAAGGUAAACAAGAAACGGCCUUGGAAGGCAGUGUAUUCGGAGAGAUACACCGUUGAGCGCAAUUGGAGAAAGGGAUUAUACAAGAUUAAACGGUUUGAGGGGCACAUGGACGGUGUUCUGUGCUGCCAGUACGACAACAACAACUUGCUGAUGACGGGGUCUUACGACAAGACCAUCAAGAUUUGGAACGUGGAAACAGGAAAACUGCUGCGCACGCUGACUGAUCACACACGAGGCGUGCGCACGCUCGCAUUCGACGACCAGAAACUGAUAACGGGAGGUCUGGAUUCCACCAUCAAGGUCUGGAACUACCGAACGGGACAGUGUAUCUCCACUUACACGGGUCACGAGGAAGGUGUGAUCAGCGUCGACUUCCAUGAGAAGCUGAUCGUGUCGGGCUCGGCAGACAACACGGUCAAGGUCUGGCACGUCGAGUCGCGCACCUGCUACACCCUGCGUGGCCACAGCGACUGGGUUACGUGUGUGAAAAUCCAUCCAAAGAGCAACACGCUUUUCAGCGCUUCGGAUGACUCCACAGUGCGCAUGUGGGACCUCAAAACGAACGAAUGUUUGAAGGUGUUUGGAGGAAUCGAGAACAACGGCCAUAUUGGCCAGAUCCAGUGUGUGAUACCAUUUUCGCUGAAAGACGCCAUCGUGACCGAUUUCGAUGAGAAGCUGACCGACGAGACCCAAAAACAAACCGAAGAACAGACCCAGAGCGAUCAGGACUCUGUUCUGCAGAACCCAGAGCUUCCGUCACACCUCCUAACGGCUUCUUUGGAUAACACCAUCAAGCUUUGGGACCUCAAGACCGGCAAGUGUGUCCGGACCCAGUUUGGCCACAUCGAGGGUGUUUGGUCCAUUGCAGCAGACACUUUCCGUAUUGUCAGCGGCGCCCACGACAAGCUGAUCAAGGUUUGGGACCUGCAAACAGGAAAGUGCAUGCACACGUUUGCCGGUUCCAGUGCGCCGAUCACGUGCGUCGCACUGGGCGAUUCGCGGUUUGUCUGUGGUAUGGAGAACGGCGACGUGAAAAUGUAUUGUUUUGAUGCAUAGCUUAUAAUAAAACACUGGUUAGCGAAUACGAGGUUGAAAUAUUGAAGAGCACAACAAUGAUGCCGUAGAUGAACGUGAGCCAUGGGUUCAGUCCAAACUGCCCGCUUUUGUAUAUUUCCGCAAGUAGCAGGCCAAUUAGCGAUCCAGACAACACCGCCUGGAUCACCCCAACAAGCACAUAGACCCCGACGAUGGCCACCAGCGCGGUACCUUUUUUCUUGCUGUUCUUGUUGUUCUUGUAGUAUGUAAAGGACGCAAUCAGUGCCGCGGCCAAAUAGAACGCCGUCAUCAAAAUGAUGCACCAGAACAUUGUAAACUUGACCACAUCUUUGGUGUAGUAGAGAGAAUACUUGGUUAAAGGCCAUCCCAGAGCCGGAAAUCGAGGGGCAAUGUAUCCAACGGG